AUGCCCUGGAAUCUACGUCCACCCAGUAUCUUUCAUGAUGAGUCAUGGCCUACACCAUGGCGUUCAUCUGAAUUCCCACCCGAAGAAACUUUUGUCGAACGAAUCAAUCGACAGCAUACGAAGCCAGAGUGGAAGUCUGUACCGCGCUUCUUAGACUUCGAGUCUAGUACGGGUGGAGACUGGGCCCGAGCUAUUGAAAAGCUCGACGAGGCCUAUAUAGCCGACCUAGAGAUUUACAAGCGCAGCUGGUAUCGAUUCGGCGCCACCUAUAUUGAAAUGAUCCGCGAGGGUUAUCGGAAUGUUAUCUUUAAAGACCCCACGUUAGAGGGGGCGUCGGAAGCCGUCAUCUAA